AUGUUCGGGCUGGUUAUCCUCGCUGCGCUGCUCUACGCGCUACUCGACGCCAGCGACCUGCUCCCGUGCGGUGACAAAUGCCUUCCUGCUAUGGGAAACCUCGGGCCGCUGUACCAGCGCGCGGUGAAUGCCGCGCAGCAGCAGAUGGGCGGUGCGCAAGGACCGCCGGGGCCGCAGGGGCAGCAGCAGCAGCAAGAAGCGCCUGAGCUGCCGCAGGAGCCGCCGCUGGACAUGCCGUUCGUGCCGCCGCAGAAUCCGCCGCUGACCCCGCCUCAAGGGCCGGAGGGAACAUCCGCGCCUCGGGUUGUUGCGCCGGCGAACGACCAGCCCGAAUGGUCCGCUAUGGGCGGACAGGAGGCAGGGGGGCACGCGGAAGAAUCUAUGGCGGAAGGGGAGAUAGGGGAGAACGCGGAGAUUGCGGGGCAAGGGUUCACGGAGCAGGCUCAGGCGGAAGCACAACAGGUGCUCGCGGCGGAGGCGCAGCAGCAGUCGCCUGCAGCGCAGUGGGGGGCAGAUUCCGCCCAGGGUGGCGCAGGGACGUGGGGAGCGGAAGACGGAGCGGAGGUGGGUGGGAUUGCGGAAGGUUCACGAGGAUACAACGCUGGAGCGGGGAAUGCGGAAGCGGGCGGGGAAGAGCUUCCCGCGGCGCAGGACCAAGAUUUUGGCGCAGCGGAAGGGCAAGUGGCGGAGGAGGGGCAGCGGAUGGCGGAAAGCCAAGUUCCGCCGCAGAGUCAAGGAGUUGCGGAAGGAACACUGGCGCAAGAAGGCCAGGGGAAUCCCGCGCGGGUAGCGCUGCCAAGUGCGCCUGUUGAAGCGGGGGCAGGGGAGGCAGUAGGCGGGCCCGCGGGGAAGGCUGCGGCGAGUGCAGGGCAGGCGGAACUCCAAGGGGAGCUGGAGGCGGGCGGUGGCGCGCAGAUUUCCGAUGCACGUACUGCCGCUGGUGCAUCACAACCGUCCGCCUUCGGACACGUGGCAGGCGGGGUUCAGCAGCUACAGGCGGAGGGGGAAGCGCGGGCGAAAGCGGAGAAGCAGAGGAAGAAAGCGGAGGGGAGCGGGGGAGAGGCGCAAGGAGAUGAUGAGGUGCCUGACGACGCCAUGGCUGCCGAGUUCCGCCCGUGCAUCGAGCCCGGCAAGCUCGCUGACAUGGCUGCGCAGUCCUCAUGGCCUUAUCUCGCGCUCUUGGGCGUGCGGCCGGGCUUUACACGUCAGCAGGAGGCGCUCUUACGUGGCCUGUGGGCGGCAAAGGCGACGGGAUCCGUGCUGCUGCUGCCGCCCUUUUUCCUCAGCUUCGAUUCGGGCGCCAUGAAGCAGACGAAGCUGCAGACGUACCUCGAUACAGACAGACUCGUUACUCAUAUGUACUGCUCCUCCAAGUCCUGGGCGGUUGACCAUUUGCCGGCCUCCAUCCUAUCCUCUCUCCCUGCAAACACCACGGCUGCCAACAUGCCAGCGCUCGUGCAAGCAUUGGGGCCCGCAGCCCAUCGCAUUCCCGCCAAAGUGGUCGCUGCGUUGAGCGCUGGUGCAAGCGGUGGUGCUGGUGGUGAUGCUGCUUCUGUUAUCACCGCUUGGAGUGAGAAGAUGAGAGACGACGCUGCAGCUGGGAAGGUCAAGCUCAUUCUCCUGGACGCGGACACGCCCAUCCCCUUCACCUCGCGCGACCAGCAGCACCUGCGCCGCAACGGCUUGGCCGCCAUGCGACCCGCGCAGCCCAUCGCAUCGCUCUCCGCACACCUCCUGCACCUGCUGCGCAAGACCCACGAGGCGCAAUUCGGCGAGCUAGUUGGCUUCUCUUUUGCCGUCGUGCACAUCAACCCAGACUCUCUCGCAGAAGCCUCUGCUUUCACCGCCGCCGCUGCCGUUGCUCCUGGCGGCGGUAGCGGUAUCGUCAGCAACAGCAGCAGCGGCAGCGGCAGCGGCAGCAGCAGCAGUGGUACCACCGGCGGCAGCAGCACCGACCGUCUCCUCUCUGUCCUGCUCGCAGUGCUCAACCCUGCCCACACCCUCCUGUACGUCACCAUCGGCGACACACCUCAACGCACAGCCAUCCUCAACCGUCUCACCUCCGCGUCCUUCCACAUCACCACGCGCGACGCCCUCUUGCGGUCCGACCGCUCAGCAGCAAGCACCGACGCGCAGAGGUUCUUAUCUACUCUGCAUCCGGAGCAUGAGAUGCAGGCUGCGGUGGAACAAGCAGUGGCGAGGGAGGCAGCGGUGUUCUUUGGCCCGGCUGAGUCGUCGUUCUCGUCGUUGGUGUCUGAGCUGAGGUGCUUCACGCGGCCUCCGCUGCUGGAGGGAGGGGAGGGGGUGCCGAUGCGCGCGACUGUGUUCUAUGAUGUGGGUCCCACUGCUGUGCCGUGCCGUGCAUGA